UUUGCAGCAACGCUUAUCAAGGACACCACGCGACUCGACUCUUGAGUUGUGGAGAGUUGCGCCAGUUCCAAUCCCAGCUUGCGCGCGACCUGUCAUCAUAACUGCACGAGCAGGACCGCUUCUCUUACGACGAGGACGGCAGAGACAGACCACCGUCGCACGAUUUCUCCCAACCUCUGCAGCGACAGCGGAACCUCUCUCGAAUCUCGUCUCGACCUCUAGAAGCGUGCACAAAGUACCCCGCAUCGCUUCAUAAACGCACACAACACACACACACACACACACACACACACACAUAAACCACCCCGCCACAAUGAGCGAAGCCGCAGAGCCACAAAAGGCCCCCGUGGUCGCCGAGGCCCACCUCGUUGAUACCUUCCAUCCCCCCCAAAAGAUGCUUGACAAGCACCCCAGCAAGCCCCACUUGAGCAGUCUCGAGGAUUACCAGAAGUUGUACAAGGAAUCCAUCACCGACCCAAAGGCCUUCUGGGGCACCAAAGCCCGCGAGCUCCUAUCUUGGUUCAGCGAUUUCCAGACCGUCUACUCCGGUUCCCUGGCCGGUGGCGAUAGUGCUUGGUUUGUUGAGGGCCAGCUCAACGCCUGCUACAACUGUGUCGACCGUCACGCUUUCAAGGACCCCAACCGCGUUGCCAUCAUCUACGAGGCCGAUGAGCCCGGUGAAGGCCGCAAUGUCACCUACGGCGAGCUCCUCCGCGAGGUGUCCCGCACCGCUUGGGUCCUGAAGCAGAUGGGCGUGCGCAAGGGAGACACCGUUGCCAUCUACCUGCCCAUGAUUCCCGAGGCCAUCAUUGCCCUCCUCGCUUGCGUCCGUAUCGGCGCCGUCCACUCCGUCGUCUUUGCCGGUUUCUCCGCCGAUUCCCUCCGUGACCGUGUCAUUGACGGCAACUCCAAGGUCGUCAUCACCACCGACGAGGGUAAGCGUGGCGGCAAGUUGAUCGGCACCAAGAAGAUUGUCGACGACGCCUUGAAGCAGUGCCCCGAUGUGUCCCACGUUCUCGUCUACAAGCGCACCGGCGCCGAUGUGCCCAUGACAAAGGGCCGUGACUGGUGGUGGCACCAAGAGGUCGAGAAGUGGCCUUCCUACUUCCCCCCUGAGCGGGUCAACUCCGAGGACCCCCUUUUCCUCCUCUACACCUCCGGUUCCACCGGUAAGCCCAAGGGCGUCAUGCACACCACCGGUGGCUACCUGGUCGGUGCCGCCGCCACGGGCAAGUACGUUUUUGACAUCCACGAUGGCGACCGUUACUUCUGUGGCGGUGACGUCGGCUGGAUUACCGGACACACCUACGUCGUUUACGCCCCUCUGCUGCUCGGUGUGAGCACCGUCGUCUUCGAGGGCACGCCCGCCUACCCCAACUUCUCAAGAUACUGGGACAUCAUCGCGAACCACAAAGUCACUCAGUUCUACGUCGCUCCUACCGCCCUGCGGUUACUGAAGAGAGCCGGUGACCAGCAUGUCAAGGGUGACAUGAAGCACCUCAGAGUCCUCGGCUCCGUCGGUGAGCCCAUCGCUGCCGAGGUCUGGAAGUGGUACUUUGAGGUUGUCGGCAAGGAGGAGGCCCACAUUGUAGACACAUACUGGCAGACCGAGACCGGCUCCAACGUCAUCACUCCCCUGGCCGGUGUCACGCCGACCAAGCCGGGUAGUGCCUCGUUGCCCUUCUUCGGCAUCGAACCCUCCAUCAUCGACCCCGUUUCCGGCGAGGAGAUUCACGGCAACGAUGUCGAGGGUGUGUUGGCCUUCAAGCAGGCAUGGCCCAGUAUGGCCCGCACCGUCUGGGGCGCUCACAAGCGCUACAUGGACACGUACCUGAACGUCUACCCUGGCUACUACUUCACCGGUGACGGAGCCGGUCGUGACCACGAGGGCUUCUACUGGAUCCGCGGCCGCGUCGACGACGUCGUCAACGUCUCGGGCCACCGCCUGUCGACGGCCGAGAUCGAGGCCGCGCUCAUCGAGCACCACUCCAUCGCCGAGGCCGCCGUCGUCGGCGUCGUGGACGAGCUCACCGGCCAGGCCGUCAACGCCUUUGUCGCCCUCAAGGACGGCAACGAGGCCUCGGACGCGCUGCGCAAGGAGUUCAUCAUGCAGGUGCGCAAGAGCAUCGGGCCGUUUGCCGCGCCAAAGGCCGUUCACAUUGUUCCCGAUCUGCCCAAGACCCGUUCCGGCAAGAUUAUGCGUAGAAUUCUCCGCAAGAUCUUGGCUGGUGAGGAGGAUCAACUUGGUGAUGUUACGACUCUUUCGGAUCCUUCCAUUGUCGAAAAGAUCAUCAACAUUGUUCACGAGGAGAAGAGGAAGAAGUAAAUGCAUGAUGACGAUGUUAGGGGCAGUGAGGGAGAGACAAGAGAGACGUGAGUGAUACCACAGGAGCAGAGGAGGAU